AUGCUGUUGUUAGCCUUCUUUGCGCUCUCUUCGGCCUUGGACAUGUCCAUUAUCUCCUACGACAACACCCACCCAGAUAAGGCCACGUGGCGCACCGACGAGGAGGUCAUGUCCAUGUACGAGGAGUGGCUCGUGAAGCACGGAAAAGUGUACAACGCGCUUGGGGAGAAGGAUAAGAGGUUUCAGAUCUUCAAGGACAACCUGCGUUUCAUCGACGAGCACAGCGCGCUGAACCGAACCUACAGGUUGGGACUGAACCGGUUCGCAGAUCUGACCAACGAGGAGUACAGGGCGAGGUACUUGGGAACGAGGAUCGACCCAAAGCGGAGGUUGGGAAGGACCCCGAGCAACCGCUACGCGCCACGUGUCGGAGACAAACUACCAGAUUUCGUUGAUUGGAGGAAGAAAGGUGCAGUUGUCCCAGUCAAAGACCAAGGAGGCUGCGGGAGCUGUUGGGCAUUCUCAGCAAUUGGUGCAGUGGAAGGAAUUAAUAAGAUUGUGACUGGCGACCUGAUUUCAUUAUCAGAACAAGAAUUGGUGGAUUGUGAUACAGGAUAUAACAUGGGUUGCAAUGGAGGGCUUAUGGACUAUGCAUUUGAGUUCAUCAUCAACAAUGGAGGCAUUGAUUCUGAGGAGGAUUACCCUUACCGUGGUGUUGAUGGUAGAUGUGACCAGAUUAGGAAAAAUGCUAAAGUUGUUGUUAUUGAUGGUUACGAAGAUGUGAAUGCCUAUGACGAGUUAGCCUUGAAAAAGGCAGUUGCAAAUCAGCCUGUGAGCGUAGCUGUUGAAGGAGGAGGCAGGGAAUUUCAAUUAUAUUCAUCUGGUGUUUUCUCUGGAAGAUGUGGGACUGCACUGGAUCAUGGUGUUGUGGCUGUUGGGUAUGGUACAGAAAAUGGUCAUGAUUAUUGGAUUGUGAGGAAUUCAUGGGGUGAUAGCUGGGGAGAGGCAGGGUACAUCAGAUUGGAAAGAAAUCUGGCUAACAGUAGAUCAGGAAAGUGUGGAAUUGCAGUAGAGCCAUCUUAUCCCGUUAAGAGUGGUCCAAACCCACCCAAUCCUGGACCAUCACCCCCUUCACCCGUGAAGCCACCAAAUGUUUGUGACAAUUACUACAGCUGUUCUGAUUCUGCCACUUGUUGCUGCAUUUUUGAGUUUGGAAACUCUUGCUUCGAGUGGGGUUGCUGUCCUCUUGAAGGUGCUACCUGCUGUGAUGACCAUUACAGCUGCUGCCCCCAUGACUAUCCCAUCUGCAACACUUACGCUGGAACUUGUCUCAGGAGCAAGAACAACCCAUUUGGAGUGAAGGCAUUGAGGCGAACUCCAGCCAAACCUCAUGGUGCCUUUGAAGGUAACAAGGUCAGCAAGGCUUAA